UGAGCGGCUUUGCUCAAGGUUGAAACCACUUUCAUCCGCAUAAACGUGACUUGAACAGCGCAUCAUGCCCGCGGAAAAGCGCUUUGUGUUCUCCGCUCGCAUUAUUGGAGCUGUGCAGAGGCAGGCACCGAAACUUAAGAUGUUCAUGAUAUCAGUGCUUUGGUCAGAUGAGAAUGAAGUGAUUGUCUAUAGGUCUUUUGAAGAUUUCAAGAACUUUCACAGGCAGCUGAAAAAGAAGUUUCCUCUCUUCAACUCAAAUAACAGCAGAGUGAUUCCCAAAUUUAAAGGGGAGACUCAAGCAAAUGGCCUCCAGCAAAGCAAAUCCAAGCGAUACGUCCAACGAAUGAAGGGCUUGGAGAGCUACUGCAACAAACUGCUCAUGUGUGACCAAAUGGUGACCCAGAGUUCAGAGGUCACCCAGUUUUUCACACCGCGCGACCACGACACGGAGCAAGAUUUCACCAAGAACAGCAUCAUGAUCCUGCUGUCAGAUGAUAACUCGGGCGGAGGUGGGAGCGGAGGGAUCAGUGGUGAAGGAGGAGGCUCCAUAACCCACCCAUUUGUCACCGAGACAUACCGCUGCGUGGCCGCCUAUGAGACCAAAGACACAAACAAUCGCCCUUUUAAAGUGGCCAUGGAUGAAACAUUGGACGUCCUGAUUAAAGAGCCUUCUGGUUGGUGGUUGGUGGAGAAUGAGGAGAAGCAUAUUGCCUGGUUUCCUGCUACUUAUCUGGAAAAAGAGGAAAAUGAUAACAGUGGAUUCCAGACGGAAGGUCCACUCUACUGUGCCGUGCGGAAUUACUUCACCAAGAAGCACGAUGAGGUGUCUUUGCCGAUUGGUUCCGUGGUGGAGGUGCUAAAGAUGUCCGAUGACGGCUGGUGGCUCACCAGAUUCAAAGGGAAAGUGGGCUACGUCCCUGCUAUGUACCUUCAGCCCUACAACAACCCUCGGACAGGACUUUUCAGUUUAAAGAACAAGCUAAAUAGAUCCUCGCUCAACUUGACAAUCAGCGGAGCCCCUCUGGACGCCUCUACUUCUUCAGUCCAACACACCAGGGAAACUCACGCAGGGCAAGGUUCUGGAGUCCAGUCCAGAGCUCGGCCAAGUGGGCUUGGUAAUCUGGCUAAAGCCAGAUCCAUGGAACUUCUGUCAGAGACUCAAAAUCAGACUGCUAUUCCCGUCUGGGAUGAAUUCAUCCACACCCACGUGGACGGUCACACUCGUAGCAUCAGCACAAGCUCAAACGCAGAAUCCAGCUUCUUCUCGGUCCGCAGCAUGUCUUCACCAUCCACAGUAGACGCGUUCCUACCCUCUCUUCAAGAGAGCGUGAACGUGAAUAAGCGUAGGAACCAGGAACGCCGGAACUCCAGCGCUAGUUUUUUUAGUGAUAUAAGUUCUGGAAGUUCUGGGAGCUUCAGCUCCAGAGGCAGCGACAUGGGCACGGUUGCUCCAUCGGUGCCUCCAAGACCCAAGAAGGAGGAAAUUAUGAACAGGUGCUCCGCAAAUACCCAAAAAGCUGCUCUGGCGACUAAACCCAACCUCCAGAUGAGGCCUGAAUCAAGAAUUCACACUCGUUUGUAGGGAUACAGUCCAAAUACUUCACAAUGGAGUUAUGAUUGAGAUGUUUUACGCUAGCUAGUGCUCAUUCAUCACAUUUUUAAAAAUUCUGCAUUUAACCUCUUUAGCGCCAAUAACACAUACGCCUGUACAUAAGACGUAUUUUACUGCAAAAUCAUCACCCCAUUGAUUCUAGAAUCACCCGAACAGACAAGAGACGGAAAAUAUUCAUCCAAUGACAUGAUUUUACAAUAUGUAGAUUAUGGCAAGUGAAAUAUGUAGCUUCAAUGAAGCACUGGGAAGAGUAAAUAGGAGCAACACAUUGGUAAAUAUUGUUGAAGUGGAUUGUUGGAUCUCAGUAGGUAAAAUAUUUUCUCAUCACUGAAUUCAUCAUUUUUCUUAUUAUUUGUUAUUUUUUUUUUCUAUUCACAGAAAUUACAGCAUCAGUUCAUACUG